AUGACAGAGAAAGAUCCACGGAAGUUAUUCAUCCUCAACGCCUUAGUGAACUAUUUUGAUACACAUGAAGCAAACCUCGAUAAGCUUUUCAACCAUCCCAGCGUCAAUGCAUUUUUAGACAAUGGCAACGCCAGAUUACUGCUGGCGUCAGCCACAGACAAUGGUGAAAUCCUCCUUUGCAACGAGGUUGAAGGCCUGAAACUGGCCACAAAGACAUUUGUAUUCCUGAAGAUAGCGCCGCUUCCCAUCACGGAUGAAAAUUUUUCUAAACUCAUUAUGAUAGCCUCAUUGCAGGGUGGUGCCGCGCAAUCGUUCUAUAACAGCCUCGACCGUCUUUAUGGUCCGCUAAUGAUGAAGAAUGAAAGUAAAAUGAUGCAUCAGUUUCCCCGUCUUAAACUUGCACUGAGCGAUCUUGUCUCAGGUCUAGCCGCGUGCACUAAAUCUCCUCAAGACAAGGAUGAUCAAACACCAAACGUUAUCUUUGAUCUGGCGUCCGAGGCCGACUACUGGUUGCAAAAAUCGCGAUCGAGUACACAGGGUAUGAAUGCAGAACGACUGCGUUCUGAAGCUAUCUAUAACGCGCUCAAACCUGCUGUGGAUGCUACUCAACGAUUGGAAUUGCAAGCUAUAUGCACUAGGCAGCCCGCGGAAUGGACUACUGACAAAGAAAGCCAAGCGCAAGCUGAGCAUCGGAUGGCCGCCAUUGCGGAAGAAUUCCUCUGUUCACUGUCCGAAGCACUGGAGACUUCUAUUAUUGACUGUCUCGAUGGCGUCUGGCGCCUCAGAGAUGUUGCACCACCAUAUCCUGAAUCAAGAAUGCGGUCCCUCUUGGAAGCUGUUGGCGGGUGGCUUUCUCGUGUCCUGAUUUCCUAUCUAAAUCCGCUAAGCAGUGAGCAAACACAAACAGUUGUAUCCCCAUUGUGGGAUCGCCCAUUUAAACAGGUCAGCUUUACUGUUACUUGGACCGUUUUAUGA